CAAACUUUCAUGUCAUACACAUGGCUUGAACUUCCUUGUCAAAGUAGACGUUCAGACGUCGUAAAAAUGAUUCCGUGGCGCGGCGAAGUCGUUUUGAUGUUAUUGCUGCCGCUGUGUGCCUUGUCGGAGGAUGACAACGAGCGAGUAAAGAUACCGUCGCUAUGUGAAGUAUGCAAGUUUUUGACAGUGGAGUUAAAAGACCGACUUCAUGAAACUGGCAAGUCGAAAGAGGUUCUUAAGACAGGUCAAGGUCUGGUCAGUAAGAGGAAAAUCAAGUAUCAGACAUCAGAGCUGCGUUUGAUUGAAGCUCUGCAGGAGCCUCAUGUAUGUGAGAAGAUCUUAGAGUACAACAUCCAUGCAGAGAAGGAGGGCAGUAAGCGGUAUGCCAAGGGAAGGAGCGAGACGAUGGAGACACUGCAUGGCCUGGUUGCCAAGGGUGUGAAGGUGGAACUGGGGAUGCCCUAUGAGAUGUGGGACAAACCAUCAGCAGAGGUCACUCACAUGCAGAGAAAGUGUUUCUCUAUUGUGGAGGAUUAUGAGGAUGACAUAGAGACCUGGUACUACCAUCAUCAGGACCGCGACUUGACACAGUAUCUGUGCGAGGAGAGGGUGCUCAAUAAAGCUGAUACAGGUUGUCUGGAUGAAGGAUCACAGUCCCAUAGUGAGAAGAAGGCCAGUAAAGGAAACCUGAAGGGUGACACUGGUUCAACUGAUAACCUGUCUGAUGAGGUUCCUGUAGUCAGUGAUGAUGACCAUGAUGAACUUUGACCUUAGCCCCCCUCCCAAUCAUUCAUGAUUUCAUUCAUCUUGAACCAUUUUCCGUGAGCUGUCCUUGGCGAGUGUUUGUGAGAGAGUUAACAGGGGUUCAAGGGAAAUGGUGCAGAGUAAAGAUGGAAGUACACUUAAACUUCCUUUCCCCAAAACACGAACAUUGCUUUAAGAAAAGAUGUGUAAUUUGUGAUGCCUGCAGAAUUGUCAGUAGUACUGUGGUUGGAUACUGGCAUUCAGUUGCCAACAAACUACUGAGUGAGUGAGUGAGUGAGUGAGCGAGCGAGCAGCAACAGAGGUCUCUCUUUUUGAAGAUCUUAAUCAGCUUAAGAGGUUAACAUUGUUUGAAAUGCAAUGCUUCUUAUUUUUUGUAAGAGUGUUGAUCUGCUUUAAUAAUGCGUUUUCCUUUGUUGUCUUAAGUUUCAGCAAGAUGUAUUUCAGUUUUCAACAUGUAAUUAUAUGUGAUGGUAUCCAUGUACUGGUCAGUUCCUACUCUAGGUCCCCUGCUGUUGGUAGUGCGCUGUGUAUUAAACUCAUAUAUCCCUAGGAGUCCAAAGAUGAAGCUUGACGUCACCUUUCGGUGGCCUACUGACACCAGCAGUGUAAUGUUGUGUUAGGUAGUUGUACUGAAGCAGUCUCAUCACAGGUCAAGGUCAUUCAUUCUGUAAUUCAGCCAUUAGGUCAUCUAACCCUGCAAGUAUUACCGACUAUUGUGUCCACAUUUCAUCUACUCCAGCAAGGCAGUGCAGGAUAUUUAUUGGGCGCAAACGGGGCAGGCGCUUCAGGAACAUCUUUGGUCACUAUGUUUGGGGACAGAUAAUUUCUUGGAUGGGACUCCCAUGAAGGUCAGGAUUGGUCUUCAGCAGGCCAUGCUUGUAAGA